AUGCCUAAAAGACGAAAGGAGUCAGAAGAAGAACAUUUAGAAAGGAAGUUGAACAAAUAUAAGAAGAAAUAUGAACGUUGUAAAAGACGUAAAGACGAACAUUCAAAAGAUAAUAGAAACGAAAAUGAGGAGAUUAUUCUUGAAAAUAUUGAACCAGAGGAGGAGGAAGAGGUAGAAAUAAUGGAAAUUAAAGAAAAACAGUUAGAAGAGGAUAUUAUAAAAGCCAUGGGUCCUCGGAUUAAUACUAAAUUUUCUUAUGGUCAACCAAUUCACCCUGAGAUAUAUAAAAGAGUCGAAGGUAUUUUGAUGGAAGGUUUGAAUAAGAAAAACAUUGAAACAUAUAUCAAAGAGCACUUAAUACCGGAAAAUGCCAUUUUGUUAGAAGCACCACUACUGAAUCCUGAAUUACAUAUGGUAGCGGAUUCAGUUAAAACAAGAGACAAGAAAAUUGAAAACCGCCAAAAUCUAUUAGGAUUAGCCACAGACAAGGCACAAUACUGUAACAAAAAACUGCUAUUCCCCUCAACAACAAGGGACCCAGAGGAAGACGUUCAGGGGAAAUCAAAACUUUCAACGGCCGGCGACCAAGGUCCUGGACCGAAGCACCGUCAGUGA